AUGUUCGGUGUACUUCCGGUGCGAUGGGUCGCGCGCCUCAAACAUGGAGGUGUCGCCAACCAGUUCGUUAUGGCUACUAUGGUCACAAUCCCAGCUUUAAACUUCGGUAUGCUGAUGGGCUGGCAGUCUCCAAUGACUCCAAUCCUGCAGUCACCAUCAGGACCAGCCCCAGAGCCAAUAAGCGACGAAACCAUAUCGUGGAUGGCAGCUAUUACAUUUAUGCCCCCUAUCUUCUGCGGUUUCAUGGUCGGAGACCUUGCUGACCGAUGGGGCAGGAAGAUCACUACUCUUCUGACUGCGUUAAUGCUUGUGUUAAGUUGGACCAUCACCCUAUUCUCCCUCCGUCCAUGGGCGCUCAUCAGCUCGCGAGCAGUGGCCGGACUCGCGUGCGCAGGCUGUUACGUCGUCAUACCGUUAUAUUUGAAAGAGAUAGCAUCAGACAACAUCCGAGGUGCUUUAGGCUCCUUAUUCAUCCUAUCACAGAACCUGGGCUACCUCGUGGUCUACGUGGCAGGAGAUCUCCUGUCAUUUGACGCAGUAUUAUGGCUCUGCACUGCCGUACCAGCUAUCUUCCUUGUCGCCUUCAUUGCAAUGCCUGAAACUCCUGUGUUCCUGGUCAAACAAGGGAAGAUUAAGGAAGCUCGUGCAGCACUGGCCUGGCUUCGGAACACUACAACAGACGACAAGGACUUGGAGGAAGCUAUACAGCAGCUGGAGAGGGAGGAGGAGUACGCUAGAAGUAUGAAGAAAGCCACCUGGAAGAGUAUAGUCAAAGACAAGACGACAUUCAAGGCGUUUCGCAUUUCCCUCAACGUGAUGCUGUCCCAGGAAACCUGUGGUUACCUGGUGGUGCUCAUGUAUGCUGGCUCCAUCUUUGAGCAGGCUUCGGAGUCCAUCAGCCUGAAACUGAGCCCCAAUAAGCAAACUAUCGUUGUGGGGGUUAUCCAGUUACUGGGAAGUAUCGUCGCUAGCUGUAUUGUGGAGCAGACUGGGCGAAAGUGGCUUCUAGCAGGCACCUCCUUAGCAACAGGGCUAUCAAUGCUGGCAUUAGGAGCCUGGUUCUACAUCACAUCCAUGAACAUCUGGCUGCCUGGCUGGCUGCCAGUCCUCGCUAUGUGUCUCUGCAUCUUCGCUGAUGCUGCAGGGUACCAACCAGUGCCUUACGUGAUUACUUCUGAACUGUUCUCUUUCCAGCACCGAGGCAUGGUGACAUCCUUCGUCAGCUCCGUGGAUGCUCUCAGCGACUUUCUCCAAACAAAAGCCUACGACCCGCUCCUUAAACUCCUGGGAAUCCAUUGGGUCUUCAUCAUGUUCUCCAUAGUUUGCUUCCUGGGAACUUUCUAUACAGUCAUGUGGGUUCCAGAAACUAAAGACAAGACUGUAGAAGAAAUAUACGCACUCUUAGAAGACAGCAGAAAGAAAGAGAAGAGGAAAGGGAUGAAAAUAAUAAUGAAAGAGAUGGAAGAUCUGGAGUGUGGGAAAGAGAUGAGUAGAUUAUAA